AUGAAGACGACGAUCCUUGCAGCCAUGUGCACGCUUGCGACCGCGGCGGCGCCACCUGCGACGAGUACCGAUGCAUCAACGACGACGACCAAGGAAGACUUUGUCGAAGCCAUGCCCUACCACGCGAUGGACCACGAGUGGUACGGACGUGGGUAUGGUCGUGGAGGCCGCUGGGGUGGCCGCUGGGGUGGCCGCUGGGGUGGUGGCUGGGGCGGUGGCUGGGGAGGUCGCGGUGGCUGGGGCCAUGGCCCCGGGUGCGGUUGCGGCUGUGGCGGCGGCUGCAGCAUGUCACUCCUUCGUCAGACCACCGGCCAUUGCAUGCGCUACCUCGGGCGCCCGUCGCUCCUUUGCCGUCGCACGUCGAAUGGCACGGCUCGGUUUGAUGGCUCGACGCCGCACUCGACGCAGGACUGGUACGUUCAGCUCGUCACGCUUGCCACCGCAGUCGACGAUCCAUCGACCGCUGCGGUCAACGCGGUCGCCACGCGUGACGCCUUCCCAGCGACGCAUGGCUCCACCGAGGAGACGACGCGCAGCAAGAACACGUACGAGCUCAUUGCUGUCCCGGACGACGUGGACCACCUUUUUUUCUUGUAA